GGCAAGAGGUCCCUGAGGUUUUUCUGGACUGAGGGCGGUCCGGGAGGUUUUUAUGUAAGUGGGGCCCUGGGCCCGGGAAGCCCCGACGCUUUGCUCUGGGUAAAGGUGAGAGAACUCGCCGGAAGGGACAGGGCCCGAGGGGUGCUCCGAGGGACCGGCAGGGAACAGGGAGAAAUGGAUUUAUCUGCAGAUCGUGUUGAAGAAGUACAAAAUGUCCUUAAUGCUAUGCAGAAAAUCUUGGAGUGUCCCAUCUGUUUGGAAUUGAUCAAAGAGCCUGUUUCCACAAAGUGUGAUCACAUAUUUUGCAAAUUUUGUAUGCUGAAACUUCUCAACCAGAGGAAAGGGCCUUCACAGUGUCCUUUGUGUAAGAAUGAUAUAACCAAAAGAAGCUUACAAGAAAGUACAAGAUUUAGUCAACUUGUUGAAGAGUUGUUGAAAAUAAUUCAUGCUUUUGAGCUUGACACAGGAUUGCAGUUUGCAAACAGCUAUAACUUUUCAAAAAAGGAAAAUAGCUCUCCUGAGCGUCUGAAGGAGGAGGUGUCUAUUAUCCAAAGUAUGGGCUAUCGAAACCGUGCUAAAAGACUUCGACAGAGUGAACCUGAAAACCCUAGCUUGCAGGAAACCAGUUUUAGUGUCCAACUCUCUAACCUUGGAAUUGUGAGAUCUCUGAGGACAAAGCAGCAGAUACAACCACAGAAUAAGUCUGUCUACAUUGAAUUGGGAUCUGAUUCUUCUGAAGAUACAGUGACUAAGGCAAGUUAUUGCAGUGUGGGAGACGACGAAUUGUUACGAAUCACCCCUCAAGGAGCCAGGGCAGAAGCCAGUUUGAAUCCUGCAAAAAAGGCUCCUUGUGAAUAUUCUGAGGACAUAACAAAUACUGAACAUCGUCAAUCCAGUAAUAAAGAUUUGACCACCACUGAGAAGCAUGCAACUGAGAAGCAUCCAGAAAAAUAUCAGGGUAUUUCUGUUUCAAACUUGCAUGUGGAGCCAUGUGGCACAAAUACUCAUGCCAGCUCAUUACAGCAUGAGAACAGCAGUUUAUUACUCACUAAAGACAGAAUGAAUGUAGAAAAGACUGAAUUCUGUAAUAAAAGCAAACAGCCUGGAGUAGCAAGGAGCCAACAAAGCAGAUGGGCUGAAAGUAAGGAAACAUGUAAUGAUAGGCAGACUCCCAGCACAGAAAAAAAGAUAGUUCUGAAUGCUGAUCCCUUGUGUGGGAGAAAAGAACUGAGUAAGCAGAAACCUCCAUCCUCUGACAGUCCUAGAGACUCCCAAGAUGUUCCUUGGAUAACACUGAAUAGUAGCAUACAGAAAGUUAAUGAGUGGUUUUCCAGAAGUGAUGAAAUUUUGACUUCUGAUGACUCACACGAAGGAGGAUGUAAAUCAAAUACUGGAGUAGCUGGUGCAGUAGAAGUUCCAAAGGAAGUGGAUGGAUAUUCUGGUUCUUCUGAGAAAAUAGACUUAAUCGCCAGUGAUCCUCAUGAAGCUUUGAUAUGCAAAAGUGAAAGAGUCCACACCAAACCACUAGAGAGUAAUAUUGAAGAUAAAAUAUUUGGGAAAACCUAUCGAAGGAAGGCAAGUCUCCCUAACUUGAGCCACACAGCUGAAGAUCUCAUUAUAGGAGCAUGUGCUAUAGAACCUCAGAUAACGCAAGCCCAUCCCCUCACAAAUAAAACAAAGCAUAAAAGGAGACCUACAUCAGGCCUUCAUCCUGAGGAUUUUAUCAAGAAAGUAGAUUUGGCCAUUGUUCAAAAGACUCCUGAAAAGCUAAUUGAGGGAACCGACCCUAUAGGGCGAAAUGGUCAUGUGAUGAAUAUAACAAAUAAUGGUUCUGAGAAUGGAACAAAAGGUGAUUAUGUUCAGAAAGAGAAAAAUGCUAACCCAACAGAAUCAUUGGAAAAUGAAUCUGCUUUUAGAACCAAAGCCGAACCGAUAAGCAGCAGUAUAAGCAAUAUGGAAUCAGAAUUAAAUAGCUACAGUUCAAGAGCACCUAAGGAGAACAGGCUGAGGAGGAAGUCCUCUACCAGGCACGUGUGUGCACUGGAAUUAGUGGUCAAUAAAAAUCCAAGCCCACCUGAUCAUACCGAACUACAGAUCGAUAGUUGUUCUAGCAGUGAAGAGAUGGUGAAAAGAAAAAGUUCGGACCAAAUGCCAGUCAGACACAGCAAAGCACUUCAACUCGUGGAAGAUAAAGAACUUGCACCUGGAGACAAGAAGCGUAACAAGCCAAAUAAACAGAUAAAUAAAAGACUUGCCAGCAGCACUUUUCCGGAGCUAAAUUUAACAAACGUACCUGAGGUUUUUACUAACUGUUCAGGUUCUAAUAAACUUCAAGAGUUUGUCAACCCUAGCAUUCGAAGAGAAGAAAUAGAAGAGAGCCGGGGAACGAUUCAUGUGUCUGAUAGUACCAGGGAUCCCAAAGAGCUGGUAUUGAGUGGAGGAAAAAGUUUGCAAACUGAAAGGUCUGUAGAGAGUACCAGUAUUUCAAUGGUACCUGAUACUGAUUAUGGCACUCAGGAUAGUAUCUCCUUACUGGAAGCUGACACCCUAGGGAAGGCAAAAACAGCACCAAAUCAACGUGCGAGUCUGCUUGCAGCAAUUGGAAUCCCCAAGGAACCUAUCCAUGGUUGUUCUAAAGAAACUAGAAAUGGCACAGAGGGUUUUACAGAUCUGCUGAGACGUGAAGAUAACCACACUCAAGAGACAAGCAUAGAAGUGGAAGAGAGUGAACUUGAUACACAGAAUUUAUAUAAUACGUUCAAGGUUUCAAAACGUCAGUCGUUUGCUCUGUUCUCAAAUCCAGAAAAGGAAUGUGCAACAGUCUGGGCCAGUUCCAGGUCCCUAAGGAAACAAAGUCCAAAAGUCACUCUUGAAUGUGAACCAAAAGAAGAAAAUCAGGGAAAGAAAGAGACUGAAAUCAAGCAUGUGCAGGCAGUUUGUGCAACUGCAGGCUUUUCUGCUGUCACUCAGAAAGCGGAGGAGCCAGGUGAUUAUGGCAAAUGUAGCAAAAAAGGAGUCUCUGGCCUUUGUCAGUCAUCUCAGUUCAGAGGCGAUGAAACUGAACUCCUUGAUGCAAAUAACCCUGGAGUUUCCACAAACUCUUAUCAUAUACCACCACUUUCUCCCAUCAGAUCAUCUGUUAACACUGUAUGUAAGAAAAACCUGUCGGAGCAAAAGUUUGAGCAGCAUUCAGUGUCACCUGAAAGAAUGGUGGGAAACGAGAAUGUCGUUCAAAGUACAGUGAGCACAGUUAGCCAAAAUAACAUUAGAGAAAGCACUUUUAAAGAAGUUAGCUCAAGCAGUGUUAAUGAAGUAGGUCCCAGUACUAACGAAGGCUCUAGUAUUAAUGAAAUAGGUUCCAGUGGUGAAAACAUUCAAACAGAACUGGGUAGAAACCGAGGAUCUAAAUUAAGUACUAUGCGCAGGUUAGGUCUUUUGCAACCUGAAGCCUAUGAGCAGUGCCUUCCUAUAAAUAAUUGUAAACGUCUAGAAAUGAAAAAGCAAGGAGAAAAUGAAGGAGUAGUUCAGUCUGUUAAUGCAGAUUUCACCCUAUGUCUAAUUUCCGAUAAUGUAGAACAACCUAAUGGAAGUAGCCGUGCUUCUCAGGUUUGUUCAGAGACACCUGAUGACCUAUUAAAUGGUGAUGAAAUAAAGGGAAACAUCAGCUUUGCUGAAAGUGGUGAUAGGGAAAGAUCUGCUGUUUUUAGCAAAAGUGUCCAGAAAGGAAAAUUCAGAAGGAGCCCUAGCCCUUUAGACCAAACACGAAACAGGGGCCAGGGACCAGGGACCAGGAAGUUAGAGUUCUCAGAAGAGAACGUGUCUAGUGAGGAGGAAGAGCUUCCCUGCUUCCAACACUUACUAUUUGGUAAAGUAGCCAAUGAAACCUCUCAGUCUACCAGCCGUAGUGCCAUUGCCACAGAGGGUCUGUCUAAGAAAACAGAGGAGAACCUAGAAUCAUUGAAGGAUAGCUUACAUGACGGCAGUAACCCGGUAACAUCAGCAAAGGCAUCCCAGGAACAUCACCUUAGUGAGGAAGCGAGGUCUUCUGGUAGCUUAUUUUCUUCACAAUGCAGUGCAUUGGAAGACUCAACUGUUGAUACAAAUACCCAGGAUCCUUUCUUGAUGUUUGAUCCUCCUUCCAAACAAGUGAGGCAUCAGUCUGGCAACCUGGACGUUCUGAGUGAUGAGGAAUUGGGUUCAUAUGAUGAUGAAAGGGAACCUGGCCUGGAAGAUGAUAAUCAUGAAGAAGAGCAGAGUGUGGAUUCAAACUUAGGUGAAGCGGCAUCCAGGUACGACAGUGAAACAAGCCUCUCUGAAGACUGUUCAGGGGUGUCCUCUCAAAGUGAUAUUUUAACCACUCAGCAGAGGGAUACCAUGCAAGACAACCUGAUCAAGCUCCAGCAGGAAAUGGCCGAACUGGAAGCUGUGCUAGAGCAGCACGAGAGCCAGCCUGCUAACAGCUUCCCUGCCCUCUUAGCAGAUUCUUGUGGCCCUAAGGACCUGUUCAAUCUGGAACAAAGCACAUCAGAGAAAGCAGUAUUAACUUCAGAGAAAAGUAGUGACUGUCCUAUAAGCCAGAAUCGGGAAACCUCCACUGCUGACAAAUUUCAAAUAUCUCUGGAUGGUUCCACCGGUAAGAAUAAAGAACCGGCAAUGAGAAGGUCUUCCCCUUCUCAGCCUCGGCUGUUAGAUACUAGGCAGUCUGUGCACAGCCACUCAAGGAGUCUUCAGAGCACAAACUGUCUGUCUCAGAAGGAGCUCAUUAAGGUUGCCAAUGGGGAAGAGCUACAACUGACUAAGUCAGAGCCCCGAGAUUUCUUGGAGCAGUCUUAUAUUUCAAGACAAGAUUUGGAGGGAACCCCUUCCUUCGAAUCUGGAAUCAGCCUCUUCUCUGAUGAUCCUGAGUCUGAUCCCUCUGUGGACAGAGCCCCAGAACCGGUUCAUGUUAGCAGCAUGCCAACUUCAACCCCUGCCUUGAAAUUACCCCAAUUUCAAGUUGAAGAAUCAGCCAAGAGUACAGCUGCUGUUCAUAUUACUAAUACUGCUGGGUAUAAUAAGAGGGAAGACAUUGUGAGCAAGGAGAAGCCAGAAGUGACAUCUUCAACAAAAAGAGUCAAUAAAAGAAUAUCUAUGGUGGCAUCAGGCUUGACUCCAAAAGAAUUUAUGCUGGUGCAGAAGUUUGCCAGAAGACAUCACAUCACCAUAACUAACGUGAUUUCUGAAGAGACUACUCACAUCAUUAUGAAAACAGAUGCUGAGUUUGUGUGUGAACGGACACUGAAAUAUUUUCUGGGUAUUGCAGGAGGAAAAUGGGUAGUUAGCUAUUUCUGGGUGACCCAGUCCCUUAAAGAAAGAAAGAUGCUAGAUGAGCAUGAUUUUGAAGUCAGAGGAGAUGUUGUCAAUGGAAGAAACCACCAGGGUCCGAAGCGAGCAAGAGAAUACCGGGACAGAAAGAUCUUCAAGGGCCUAGAAAUCUGUUGCUACGGGCCCUUUACCAACAUGCCCACAGAUCAACUAGAGUGGAUGGUGAGCCUCUGUGGGGCUUCUGUGGUGAAGAAGCCUUCGUUAUUCACUCUCAGCAAGGGUACUCACGCAGUUGUGGUCGUGCAACCGGACGCCUGGACAGAGGACAGUAGCUUCCAUGCGAUUGGGCAGAUGUGUGAGGCGCCUGUGGUGACCCGAGAGUGGGUAUUGGACAGUGUAGCCCUCUACCAGUGCCAGGAGCUGGACACCUACCUGAUCCCCCAGAUUCCCAGAGCUACUGCUGGCCUCAGUCAGCCAUGUGUGUAGCGUAUAGGGCCUGUCGCCACAGGACCCCGAGAAUGAUGGUAAGAAGCAGCCGUUUUCCAGGCCCUAGGAGCUCCUCUUCAGUCUCCCCACAGUCCCUGUUACUGAAUAUUUUAUGUACGUCAGCCUGAGAAGAAAUUGUGGCUAUGCAAGGGGCCCUUAAAGAUUUUCUGCUUCGAGUCUCCCUUUGAAAUCUACCAUGAGCACAAAAUUGUGGUAAUUUUUCACCUGAAAAGAAUGUAAAACCAUUUAAACCCCACCAAUUGCGCAAGAUGCUGAUUCAUUAUUUAUCAGCCCUAUUCUUCGUACUGGGGAUGUUGCCUUAGAGCUGGAGGCACAGAACGGCUGGCCUCAGGAGAAUAGCUGGGCUCCCUAAGUUUGCUUCUCUAAAAUCCUGUGUUCAUAAGGCCAAAAGUGAGACCCUUCAGUGGAAGGCAAGUACUUGAGGAAUCUGUGAUAUGACUUAAAAUCAGGACAGCCCUUGGACGGCUCUCAGAUGUUGGAGUGGAGCAUGGGGGGGGGGGGCUGGGGGGACUCGGAGGCAGGUGAUGGAUAUAAACAUGAACCCUGAAGGUUAGAGGAGAGGGGAAUCAUCCUGCCCUUUAGAAAUCCAGAUUUCUAAAGAGUUCUUAGCACUGCUAUGCUCUGAAGUACCAGAGUCUUUUCAAGAACCGAUGUCCAAAGAGGGUCUUCUCAUUCCCCCAUUAGAAAUAAAUGCAUUGUUUAUUGUUGUAGCUCUGAACCAUCACUCAUUCUUCUUGGAAUAUAAGAUCUCUGAUAGGAAUAUUUCAUGUCUGUAAAAUGACGUCUCCCACCAGGAAAGGAGCUGUUGCUUUCCUUGAGGUAAUUUUCUUCUCUUUGCUUCCUAUUGCCGAACUGUACAGCUUCAUAAAUAAUUUUGUGUGCUGAAGGAAGAGAAAGUGUUUUUCAUAAACUCAUUAUCCAGGCCUGUUUAUAGCUGUUGGAAGGACUAGGUCUUCCUUAGCCCCCUAGUGUGUGAGGGCAGUGCAGACUUGACUGUACAAAAUAGGUUUUGUAAAUGUUGUUGCUGUUCACCUGCAAAUAAACUUGCUUUCACUUUUCACCGA